AUGGCCCUCCCCAAUCUCCGUCGUCUCUUUGUCGAGGCACGCACCGAGGCAGAAGAGAACGAGUACUCACGCAACGCUUUUUACAACCUGGUCCUCUUCAUCUCGUCUGUGGCCGUAUUCAGUCUCGUUGCACAGCGCAUGAGCGGCAAUAAAGCUAUCAGAUAA